AUGACUCCAGAAAGCCAUGAAGGAGAUUCCCCAAAGCCGAAAAAAGAGUCUCAGGCGGCGGCGGAGACAUCGCAGUUUCCACCGUCGCAUGGCUCCCAAUCCCCUUACCCGCCGCCGCAGGUGACGUAUUACCCGCCUCCGAUGGGUUAUCCUCCAGGCCAGGGCCCCUUCGGCUACCCCCCACCUGGUGGAUACCCUUACGCCGCUCAACCACCGCCUCCUAUGUACAACGCCUCGCCCUAUGGAGCUCAUAAUAAUAAUAAUCGCUCCAGCGGCUCUGCCUGCUUUCGCUCCUUUGUAUUGUUCAUCUUAAUGCUCAUUUUGUGGUAUUUUGUGCUAGUCAUCAUAGCCUCCUCCAGUUAUGAUCAUGAUCCCUUUUACACCGUGGACUCCUUCUCGGUUUCCAAUUUCAGCACUUCCAAUUCGGCGUUGACAUGCAUUUGGGACACCAAGAUCAACGUAACCAACCCGAGUUCCGAUAACAACGUCAGUUUCACGGAUUUUACGGUGCACGUCUAUUACAAUGAUGAGGAGCUAAUUGAGAGUCCAGGGAAGUCGUUGGACGUGGGACAAGACCAAAUCGGACAAUUGGAAAUGAGCGCCAACUAUAAUUCUGGGGUUCAACCGCAGAUACCGGGCUCGACGGUGGAUGCGAUGACCAAGGAUCGAGACACCGGGUGGCUCAAGUUUUCGUUGGUGUUAACCGCAAAAGCCACUCGCAAUUACCAGUCUACUUUCUUCGUGUGGACGCUCAAGCAAACGAUUGCAGCCCAAUGCAGAGAUUUGAAUGUUCGUUUUGUGAAUGGUACUGGUAACGCCACCUUCAACGACGAAGGAGAUCAUGUUCGAUGCCUCAUGGUUCUGCAUUAUUGA